UCUGUUAAUAUCAAUAUGGCUUCUGUCAGUCAGACAAAGGCGAAUCAGUUUUUGCCUUGAAAUGAAAUCAAAUUAGGGAAAGGUAGCGGGAGAGUCGGACAUCGUCCUGUUUUGCUGGUUCAUGUCUGGCGACGGGGAUCAAAGGGACGGAAACACUGUCAGUUUAGUUGAAUAAAUGCUGUGGUGCACGGAGGCCCCGCACGCGCACAAUCAGAAUGUCCCAUUAUACAGAUGAGCCUCGUUUUACCAUUGAGCAGAUCGACUUGCUACAGCGGCUACGUCGGAGCGGCAUGACAAAGCAAGAGAUCUUGCACGCCCUGGACACCCUCGAACGGCUGGACCGCGAGCACGUGGAAAAAUUCGGCCACCGGCACGCCCAUGGCGGGAACGGGGCGGCUGGCGUCAAUCACGGCAACGGCAGCAAUGCCACCACCUCUUCCAACUCCUGCACUACCUCCUCUAACAACCUCACAGCCUCUUCUUCGACGACCUCUACGGCCACGCAGACGGGAUACCGUGGCAAUGGCCUCUCUCCCUCCCCUAGCAACAGCUAUGAUACCUCCCGGCCCCCGACGGCUCCCACCCCUGUGCCCGUAGUAGCACCCAUGGUCCAAAAUGGUCGGGAUGGCCUCGCCGCCAUGCCCAACGGAAAGCUCUCUCCGCCCCGCUUCGCUGUUAGCAACACCUCCUCGCGGGCUUUUGCGUAUGAGCACCCAGAUGAAGAGGUGGACAUCGAUGACAAAGUUGAGGAGCUUAUGAGAAUGGACAGUGCUAUAAUUAAAGAAGAGAUUAAAGCGUUCUUGGGGAACCGGCGAAUAUCACAGGCAGUAGUUGCUCAAGUUACAGGUAUCAGUCAGAGCCGGAUUUCACAUUGGCUGCUCCAGCAGGGCUCAGACCUCAGUGAGCAGAAGAAAAGAGCCUUCUACCGCUGGUACCAGCUAGAGAAAACUACACCUGGUGCGACACUAGCGAUGCGGCCCACACCUAUGGCCCUGGAGGACAUUGUGGAGUGGCGUCAGACCCCUCCUCCUAUUAGCAGCACCCAGGGCAGCUUCCGUCUGCGGCGCGGCAGCCGCUUCACCUGGAGGAAAGAGUGUCUGGCGGUGAUGGAGAGUUAUUUCAAUGACAACCAGUAUCCUGAUGAAGCCAAACGAGAGGAAAUUGCCAACGCCUGCAAUGCAGUUAUCCAGAAACCAGGGAAGAAGCUUUCAGAUCUUGAGAGGGUCACGUCUCUGAAAGUUUACAACUGGUUUGCCAACAGACGGAAGGAAAUUAAGAGAAGAGCCAACAUAGAAGCAGCAAUCCUGGAGAGUCAUGGGAUUGAUGUCCAAAGCCCAGGAGGUCAUUCCAACAGUGAUGAGAUUGAUGGAAAUGAUUAUGGUGAGCCAGUAGCUGCUGACCAAGUUUUAGGAAUGGAUGACAACACCGGUCCAAACGAACACCAAGACCCCAUAGCUUUGGCAGUGGAGAUGGCCGCGGUCAAUCACAGCAUCCUGGCACUGGCGAGGCAGGGCGGAGCCACCAGUGACAUCAAGACAGAGGUGCUGGACGAUGAGUGAGAAUCCUUCCACGUGGAGCUCGGAGGGAAGCCGAAGGAGAAAUGUGGGGUUACAAAAACAAAGCCAAACAGUUUGUGCGUGAACUGUUAUUAUGAGGAAUACGGCCAGGUCAUGGAUGACCAAAGUGAAUGCGGAGGUUAUAAAGACUGUUAACCCAACAUUCCCCCCUUCCUCCUCCCUCCUACAUUUGACGCCUCAAUAGUCUUUUCAUUCAAACCGCUCUCCUACACGCAACGGCUUGGGGAGGCGCCGCGAUUUAACUGUUGAUGAAACACGUUCACUAAAAACCUCAUGCGACAUAUCACCCUGCCAUCUCACACUUGGAUAGUGAAUUUCGCCUCUCAGUUUUCCUUCUUUCAGGAAGUCUUCUUUGCAGGAUAUAAGAGGUCAGUAUCAUACUAAAUGUUCACUGCCUCAGUCUCUCCAGGGAAAGUGUGUUGGGAAGCAUAUUCUCUCUCACUUCUUAACUUAUUUCUUUGUGUACGUGCAGUCCAACGUUGCUGAAAUUGCGUUUAAACUUGUACAGUUGUCACCAGGGUCUAAAGUUAACAGUCGCCUGCCAUCAAAUGCGUCCCCGCGACUUUGGCAAGUCUGCUCUGCCAAACAAUCACAGACUAGAAAGUAAAAAAAAUAAUAUUGGCUAGUUGGUAAGUCUUGCUGAUAAAUGGAAAACAGUGUGGUGAUUCAAAAUCGACUACUUUGUUGAUUAAUCUUAAGGAAAUCUUAAACGUGUUUUUUUGGGCGUCUACAUAAAAUGUGUUUUUGCAUUCAAAAACAGGCAUGAUUUUAAAAACGUAAAAUUAUUUAAAAAGUAAAAAAAAUGUCUGAGACGCUACAAAACAUUGCCAUAAUAUGGUUAGGCAAUAAUAACAGUAUAUAUCACAAUAUUUAGAUUUUUGAUUUUUGAUAUCAAAAUGGUUGAUACCAUUUCUUAAUUCUCGUCCCCAGUUUCAAAAUCGCUUAAAACGAAGACUAGCCAAGAAAAAAAAAAAAAAAACUCAAGCUCACUGAAGACAAGUCAGUGAUUAAAUAAGAAUAAUACACUAAUUGCAAGCAAUAGGACAAAAAAAACUAUAGUGGAACAAAUAAAUAACAUAUGUUACAUACAUACAAGUAAUUAAAAUGUAUAAAAACUGCAUAUUCUUCACUGUGUAAAUUAAAUAUAUAUUGCUUCUUAGUAAAGUACCAAAAGCCAAAAUCAGUUAGGGAUUUUCUCUCUUUUGUUGUUUGAUAACAUGAAUGACAGAAAGCAGGAAUAGAAGACAGCUGUCACUUUAAGAGCGGCACGUAUUCAAUAUACUGUUACACAUGUUUUCUUUCUCAGCUGCUUGCUUUCACUUAAAACCCAAAUUACUGUCUUAAUGAGGAUAUUUGCAAAGAUGGGCGUUUUGACAUACAAGCGUGUGUAUUUAACCAUUCAAGGCGAAAACGGCAAAACUCAAUAUUCCUGCGCUCUGUGAGCACCGUCUUCACAUGUGUGCCUCUCUGACAGCACUCAAGAACAGUCUCUCAGACAUUGUGUUUAAACAGUGAAAUGAGUCUUUCGCUGCCGAUUGCAUUUCAACGGCUUAAAGGAACGCUACACUUUUUUUUGCUCGUUCUCCAACUCCCCCAGAGUUAACAAGUUGAGUUGUGCCGCUUUUCAGCCGAUCUCCGGGUCUGGCGGUCGCACUUUUAGCCUAGCUUAGCAUAGAUCAUUGAAUCCAAUUAGACCAGUAGCAUCGCGUUCAAAGAUAACCAGAGUUUCAAUAUUUUUCGUAUUUAAAACUAGAGAUGAGUCAAGUUUUAAACAGCAAAAAUAUGGUCAAUUUUUGAACGCGAUGCUACCGGUCUAAUCCGACUCAAUGAUCUAUGCUAAGAUAGGCUAAAAGUGACCAGGAGGUCGGCUGAAUGGAUUCCAGAAUAGUAAAACUCAAUGAGCCUCUAAAAUAAGUGCAGUGUUCCUAUAACAUUACUUGUUUUUAUACCGCAGUAUUUAAAAUACUUACGUUUUCGUGACCAUGUAGCACAGCAACACCACGCGACCGUUUAGCCGCAAUAGAAACGAUAGUCCAAAAUCUCUACCCACUGACAAAUUUCUACCGGUAUAUUGCUGGUAGAAUGUGAUACACAGUGCAACAGCCAAAGACCUUUUUCUGAAUGUGUAUAGCUGUAAAGACGUGUUUAAACGAGGUGUAUUUAAAAACGCAACUCCUGAAUGAGUUUCACCGUGCAAAAUAUAUAUCAUAGCUAAUGCUUAGCAUGUUAAUUAGAGCAUCGCCACUAAAAAAUAUCUGUAA